AUGGUAGCAGACAGAGAAAGUGAUGACGGGUCAAAGGAGGUUGGGACCGGAGAAAUGGGUUUGUGGGAAAUUUCGUGGGAAGGGCAAUGGUGGAAUAAUGGAGAAAUAGAAGGCUUUGAAGGAAGAAAAAUGUUGAGAAAAAGGGGAUUUUGGUUUUGCAGAAGAACAACAGAUUCAGUUGAAACUGAGUUGAGCUUUUGUCUUAUACUUGCAGCUGCAGAUAUAGAUUUUGAAGUAGAUAUUUGUAUACUCAUCAGUUGGAAUAAUUGCGAUACAGCUCUGCCACUAAGUUCAAUGGACCCUCGUGAAGAGAAGUGUAACCAUGUCAUACAAGACAGUAUACGGGAAGAGUAA